AUGGCCGGACCCGGUGGUGGACCUCCUCGUCGGAGCCAUACCAAGUCUCGUAAAGGUUGUGAGACGUGCAAACGUCGACACAUCCGUUGUGAUGAGAAUUUUCCCCAAUGUCGAAAUUGCACCAAGCACAACUGUCGUUGUCCGUACAUGGAUAUGCCUAUUCAAGAAGAGAGAGCCGCAACUCCAGAGAAAGCAGAUCUGUUGUGGACUCCGGAAAUCGAGGCUGAGAUUGAACGCUGGCAACAGACUGGAAACUUCCCGUUUCCAGAUCUUUACAUUUACCCAGCACCAGCUCCGCAAUUCUUCUCUUUCGAAGACCUUCGCCUCAUCCACCAUGUUGCUUCCGUGUCCAGCGAACUCGGACUCCACGAUGCGAGCAAUUUUACCAUCUGGACUCGGCAAAUCCCGCUUUUCCUCAAGAUCGGAAGUGAUUAUGCCUUUGUCAUGCAUGCGUUGCUAGCGCUUUCUGCAACUCAUCUUGCAUGGCUGACGGACUGCCCAUUGACAGCUAAUAUGGCUUAUGAGCACCGUGGGGUCGCCUUGAAGGGACUUCAUGAGGCAAUUGGACAAUUCACGCCUGAAAACUCCGAUGCUGUACUUGCUGCCUCUUUGCUCUUGUCUUGGCAAGCAACAGAAUGGCGUGGAUGGACUCAAUUGAUGCACGGAACUUCUUCGGUCAUCGACGCCAUGCAACCAUGGAAAAACGAAUCUCAAUUCGGAGAUUUCAUUGCCGAGCAGAGCACCUUCCCGACAGCGCCUCCAUCUCCAGCCCCUGGCUCAAGAAAGCUUAGCAAUCCACGAAAGCAAGAUUUGGAUGCUUUGCAGCGAGCUUAUGCCCAGCUUCAGAAAGUCGAAACACAUCUGAAGGCAAACAAUGAAGAUGUGAAGGCUAUCCAACAGUUGAUGAGCUUCGUCAGGGGUGUUCGAAAGGUCUCGCCAAAUCAUACUGCUGCUCAGCGAUUCGAGAUGCUCAACCCUCUUCGUGCUUGGUUGUUUUGGCUACCAGUCAUGUUCCUGCAGCAGACUCGAGGAUCUCCAUCCGCUUUGAUUAUUCUUGCACACUACUACACUGUGGCAUUGGUUGUGGAGCCUCUCUUUCCUGAAGUUGGUGCUGCCUACUUUGGGAGUCUGUCAUUGGGACCAAUUGAAGAAAUCGCACGAAGGUUGUUCUCGAUCAACGUCUCGCAAGCUCUCGACUCCAACAUGCAGACUCCACUCAAUCUCAUGGAGUAUCCAAUUGAUAUGGUCUCAAGCUUCAGAAGCCGCAUGGGAUGGGUUCAACCAGAGAGGACUGCUUCGUUCCCAAGCUUUCCCACCCAUGAUUUCUCCAUGGCCGAGAGCUAUCCAACAAGCUUGUCGCUGUCACCCUAUGGCAAUCCUGCGUUCACAUACAGCCAAGAACACUUGAUGACUAUGCCUCCCGACCCUAUGUCUGCCACAGCGGAUUUAACAUCUCGCCCAGGACCACCCCCGUCUUCAAAUUCGAGCCACGAUCUCCUUUCGAGGAUCAAAUCAAGUUUGGGCCACACACGCCCUCGCCACGGAUGCAGCCGAUGCAUCAAUUACCUCAAAUUCCGUCCCUUCCAAGUUAUCCUCCUCGCAAUCCCUCUCCGGCCGACCCCUCAGGAAAGGGAAAAGGCCGGAGUGUUUACGUUCCUACUUACGAACUUGGGUGUCAAGGAUGUACAGUUCGAAGAACUGAUCGCACUCGAUGCUUCGUACCUCCGACAAUUAUCCCCCGUCUACGGCGUCAUAUUCCUCUUCAAAUAUCCCACAGGCGAGAAAGCGAACACGGACGGGACACCGAAAGACGGGAGCUACGACCACGCCGCCACCGAGAACCUGUGGUUCGCCGCGCAGACAAUCCAGAAUGCGUGCGGGACGCAAGCGCUGCUGUCCGUGCUGCUGAACAAGGACGGCGAGAUCGAGGUUGGGCGGGACCUGAGCGAGUUCAAGGAGUUCACGGCGGGGUUCCCGGCGGAGUUUCGCGGCGAGGCGCUCAGUAACUCGGAGCUGAUUAGGGAUGUGCAUAAUAGUUUUGCGAAGAGCAGUCCGUUUGUGGAUGAGACGCAAAGGACGGCGACCGAGGACGAUGAUGUGUAUCAUUUCAUCGCGUACACGCCGGUGAACGGGGUGUUGUAUGAGCUGGAUGGGUUGCAGCCGGCGCCGAUCUCUCAUGGGGCGUGUGAGGAGGGGGAGUUCUGUGAGAAGGUUAUUCCGGUGCUGCAGAGGCGGAUUGAGAGGUAUCCGGCUACGGAGAUUAGGUUUAAUUUGCUGGCGAUGGUGAGGGAUUUGAGGGCGAGGGCGAGGGAGGUGGGGGAUGUGGAGAUGUUGAUGAGGGAGGAGCAGAAGAGGAAUGAGUGGCAGUUUGAGAACGCUUUGAGGAGACAUAAUUUUGUGGGGUUUGCGGGGGAGGUGUUGAAGGGUGUUAUUGGGGAGAAACUGAAGGAGGGAGACGGGGCUUAUGAGAGGUGGAUUGAGGAGGCGAAGAAGAAGACUAAGGAGAGGAUGGGAGUUGUGGAUGGGAAUGAUAAUGGGCGGUGCUAUGACAAGCCAUGGCUGGACGAAGUGUUACCUGAAAUGCAUGGCCGAUAUGAGAGAUGA